AUGGCUGCGUGCACGGUGGGGGAGCCUCACGCCCAGCUCAUAACCUCCCUCUUUCCUCCCCUGGCGCCCAUCGCCUCCUUCGCCCACCACACGCCCACGCCCAUACACAUCCAGGACCACCACCACCACCCUCCCCACCCGCACCCCCACGCCCACCCGCCCCACCACCCGCACCCACACGGCCAGAUCCACAUUCCGCUGCAGGAGCCCCCGAGCGCCCACAUCCCCGUGCCCGUGGCCACGCAGAGGCCGCCCGUGCAGGUCCAGAUCUCCACACACGCCCCGACGCACGCUCCAGCCCACGCUCCGCCGCCCCACAUCCAGAUCAAGGAUGUGCCGCCCACCACCUCGGCGCCCUCGUCCACCGCGGGCGUGGGAGCGGCGGCCAAAUCCCCGGGCGGGGGCGGCCACGAGACCAGCGACAUGCGAACACUAUCAAAACAAAUUCGUGAAUAUAGACAACACUCUUCGGAUAAGCGGGCAUCAAAUGCUGUAGCUAGUGACCAAAAGGCAAUGGUUCUCUGGACGGACGCCUAA